AUGAAAAAUUAUAAUAUAAAUAAUUAUUCCACGUACUCCAUUAAAAAGGCCUCCAUUGUAGAACGAGUAAUAAGAACUUUAAAAACUCACCUUUACAAAAUAUUCAGUCUAUGCGGACGAUAUCAAUGGUUUAAAAAUAAUUUAGAUUUUGUUGUAAAGCGGUAUAAUAAUACUUUACAUCGCAUUACAAAAUUCAAGCCUAUCAACGUUAAUGAUUCAAAUGCGAUUUUAAUUAUGUCAAACAUCAAGAAGUCUCAAAAGCCUAAGAUACGUCAAGGACCGGCGUUUCACGCUGGCGAUUACGUUCGUAUAAGCAAAUACAAAGGAGAUUUUUACAAAGGUUAUACCCCUAAUUGGUCUACAGAAAUAUUUCGUAUCGUUAAAGUCAACCAAACCAAUCCUCAAACCUAUCAAAUAGAAGACAAACACAAUCAAAAAUUCUAG